GGUAUCGUAUUUAUGGCCUCUUGAUUAUAAUAUAUUUUUCUACUAUUUUUCAGAUCAAGCUUGAAUGUAUUCUAACAACAGGUUAUUACAAUAAAAAACGGAAAAAUAGCUAAAACUUUGGGGUUAAGGCUUAAGAAACUUUGGCAGAGGAGCUCGGAACCUUCGAUGCAAUAAUUGUGAGAUAAAGAAAUAGACUUGUGAUUUUUCUCUUACGAUAAAGUUGAGCUGAAAAGGUUCUUGGUACGCUUUUUCUUUUUAUUGACCUUUUAAUGAUUAAACACUAAUUCGUGCGCCGAAUUUAUCCAAAGAAAGCUAACACUGAGCAGCGUAUACCAGAUUUUGUAACGGGCGACAUUUUAAAAGAAUCAUAGAUUAGCAGCAAUUUUCAAAUGAGAGCUUGUUAGUAGCAGUCAUAAGUUGCUAUAACAAAACAUCUUAAUCUCCUUUAUAAACCAGGUGCGUGAAUAAUAAGUCGAACUUGCUUACUCUGACCAACUGAAACCAAGCAUCUUCUAAUCUGUGAAAUGUCCCUAGCUUGGAUAGCCUCAAAAUAAAAUAAGUCGCAAACCAAAUAUUUGGACGUUUGACUAUGUAUGCUCAAAUGCUAGUAGUUUCAUUGUGAUUUGAAUUAUCUAUAUGUUAUAAGCAAAUUUCAACGUGAAGUCAGAUUGGACUUAUUCAUUCCGAUAUUAUCAUUGGUUUCACACCAAGUUGGGCUGCAUCUCUAAAAAAACCUCGGAGUAGCUAGCUGCCAAUUGAUUUAAACCUCCAGUCGAUCCAGAUUUGUUAUUCUUAUGAUUUAUAGCUCCUCGGCAUAUUAACUCUUCGGUUCCCAUAAUUUCAAAGCGCAAUGCUGGUGUCUAGCAAAUUGGCUUUCAUGUUAAAAAAAUGAGACUCAUUCUAUUUGUUACCUCAAUUUCCUCAUCUUCAUAUUCGUUUGAUUUGCCUAUGAAAAUACUCCAAAAUUUUCCCAAUUUUAAUUAUGAUUUGAACGUCAAAGCGUAAUUUGAAUUUUCAUAUUUUCAUCAAUAAUGAAGAAAAUACUUUGUUUCCCUAUUCAUUUGGAAUUGUCCAUAAUUCUUUAUUUCGAUUGAAUAAAUGCGUUUUGAAGUUCCGUUUUGAACGUGACGCAGGAAAAAAACGUGUUUUUCCAGCCAUUCCUCCAUUUAUGUAGUGUUAUUAGUCGCAUUUAUUUAAUGCUAUUAAACGCGCAAAGGGUAGAAUAGAAAAUUGAAUUUGAGACUACGUUUCUUUCUGAAUUACCUUCAAAUUUAGGUCGCUUAUAUAUAAUAUACCACACGUUUUAACACGUUUUACAAUGUCGACAAAACCACUAGAAAAAAGACAUAAAAACGCUUAUCUAUUUUGAAAAUCACAUUUAUCACAACAUUACACAGACACCAGCAUAUACGCAUUAUAGUUUGAGGUGAACGCCAGUUUAUUCAUUACCAAGCUUUACUUGCAUAUAUUAAUGGUAUUGAUUAAAAUUGGUACAAUAAAUCCCAUUUAGCUAGCUUUAUUGUACCAAAAAUAGUUUUCAACUUUCUUCAUCGUGCGAGUAAAACGUCUUAUUUGCUUCUUGAUCUUAUUAUUCGCCGAUUAAAAAUACAGCUUCUAUAAAUUACUUGAUGAUUACAACAACAUCUAGGCGCUUGUCUCAAUUUUGCAAUCAAAUUGACAAAUAUUUAUUAGUUGCUCAUUAAUAACUUCUUAAUUAUUAUUACAAUAAAUUUACGCUACAAUCAUUUUAUGGAGGAUAGCAAUCAGUUUAGCAGUCAUAACUCAGCAGUUAGUUAUGUACCGUCAGGGGGCAAUACAUCAGCGAUGUUGGGGUCCAUGAAUGGGUCCAUUACAGACGAGCCAGCAGGAGGAAGUGGGGCAACUAUGACCCCUCUGAUGAAAACACUGAAACUAGCUGUUGGGGCUCUGAUGAUGAUGGCUAUUGUCUGCAUAAUGAUCAACAGCGGUCUGUCGCAAAAUGUGCUGAUGUCUGCCCUGAUCAACAGCUGCUGUCCAGGAGGGGUGAUGUCCAACUUCCUCACCCACCUCACCCGGGGGGACGUGGCCCUCAGCGUGACCAUGUCCUUCCUGUCCACCGUGUGCGCCUUCUUCACCAUGCCACUCUCCCUCUGGGCCUUCUCUGGAUUCUUCGUAGAUGGAGCAUCUGUGGACCCUCCUUACGUCCAGAUAGCAGGCUCACUCGCUUCUCUUAUCAUUCCACUUCUAAUAGGGGUACUCUUGAAGUACUUCAAAGAGUCGUUUGCCCUCAAGUUUAAGAAGGUCGGCAAAGCCAUCAUCAUCAUCACUCUCCUGGCGACCACAGUCAUUUUCGGGUUCCUCUAUCCCAACAUCUACUUCGUCGGCAAGAAGAUCAUCUUCUCUGGUCUAUUAGUAGCACUAGCUGGAUUCUUCUUCGGUUACAGUAUCAGCCGAGUUUGUCGACUGCCCGAGAAGCAGUGUCGUGCAGUGUGUUUCGAGACUGGUUUUCAAAAUGUGGCAAUCUCGUUCGCCGUCAUUCAACUCGGAUUCCCCGACAAGUCUGACGAGAUGUUCGCAUUCCCCCUGUGGUACGCAACAGGAGUUGGGGUCUAUUCGACUAUAUUUGUGUUUGCAUUCCACGUGCAUAAGAGAGUGACUGGACGGAGAGAGGGGAGGGACGAUGACCAUGAGGCCAGAGGUCGCCACAAGAAAGUCAACUCCCAGACAGUCCAACUGGUCAACCCAACUGGCUCGGACCCAGAUGACCACGUGAAUGAAGAAGAAGAGGGAGGCGAGAACGAAUCAUCUCUUGACGACUCACAACAUCGACAUGAAGGCGAAUCAUCGGGGGGAGUUAUAAUACACGACAUGCUCGAAUACCACGACGAGGAACCGAACGGCCGAGAAGCAGUGGUCACUUUUUCCACGAACGAGGACUCGGCUGCCUUGAUCACGAACAAUAAUGUGCACCACAGAAGCCCAACUAGAUUUAGACCGAAUGGAGAAUCGAGUAUAGUCAAGAAAAUUGAGACGACUUUAAAGAUAGAUUUGAAAAGUCAGACUAUGUAAUUUGCUUUGAGUAUGUCAACUUAGCAGUCAGAAUUCAUUUUUAGUGGAGUAAAUAAUUAGCUCAAAGCAGAAACCAAGUAAAAUGAUAUUGCCCAACGUUCUUGCAUAACUUAAAGUUUCAGCGAUUUACGCAAGAAUGAAGCUUUUUUUCAAUU